AUGUGCGGCUCCUGCUGUGGCUCCACCUGCUCCUCCCCAGGCUGCGGGACAGGCUGCUGCCAGCCCUCCUGCUGCCAGCCCUGCUGCUGCCGCGACCCCUGCUGCUGCCGCCCCGUCAGCUGCCAGACCACCGUGUGCCGCCCCGUGACCUGCACGAGCCGCUGCACGCGCCCCAUCUGCCAGCCCUGCCGCCGCCCCCCCUGCCGCCGCCCCGUGUGCUGUGACCCCUGCUCCCUGCAGGAGGGCUGCUGCCGCCCCAUCAGCUGCUGCCCCACGUCCUGCACGGCCGUGGUCUGCCGCCCCUGCUGCUGGGCCUCCACCUGCUGCCAGCCCAUCUCUGUGCAGUCGCCCUGCUGCCGCCCUCCCUGCUGCCAGCCUGCCCCCUGCCGCACCACCUGCAGGACCUCCUGCUGCUGA